UUCGUGUUGGUGAUAAGCACUUUGUGAAUGAACAGUGCCUGCAUGUACGUCAUGAGAAAUUACAGCCUGUCCCAUGCUUUAUUUGCGUCUUAUGAUUGUUUGGAUCUUCAUUGUUGAGAGUGCGUGUUGGGGGAAAGCCACCAUUGAGAGCUUCAUUGUAGUUUAUAGCACCUGCAGGAAUAAAUAACAGUGCGGAACUUAACUACGCAUUACCUGAAACGCAGGUUCAAGUUUUUUAUGACUGCCAUCGUCAUGUCGGCCAUGCAAGGACAGUCUGCCUUCGUUUUGGAUGCGACAAAUCGGCAUCCUACCGAACAAUCCGUUCGAUCUAAUCAAAUCCAGCCGCAUGACGAACAGAUUAACCGUGGCCAGAGCGAACCUGAAGAUCGGAGCGGAGGGCCGUGCUUCAUGUACGCCAGGAUCUUGAGCCGUUUCUGGUACGUGAUUUGUUUGUUGGUGUUUCUGGCCUCUGCUGCCUUUGCUGUCGUAGUGUUCACUUUGUACGAUCUGCCAGACUUCACAGAUCCCAGUAAGGGCUACCAACCUCGUGGCACAGAUAUAGCAUCACGUGUAUUCAGCUUCCAAAACCUUCUGCAUGAUUCCGAGGAUCUCCUGGUCGACCAUCCAUCUCGUGUGGUGAAUUCCCAAUCCUCUAAUAUGACCCAAACACCUGUUGGUUGGUGUUGGCUGACCAAGGAGACAGAAGAAGACAAGAAGAAUCUGGAACCUGCCCCGGGCAUUCAGUUCUGCAAUUCCAUUUGGGACUGGGAUGACACGGUUGCUACAUUAGUCUUGGAGAGCGUGGACGGUAACAUACUAACGCCAGAAGCUCUCAAGUCAAGUUGCAAAGCAGAGGAGCGCUAUGUAACAUCCCACCCGGCUUACCAAGACCACUGCCUCUGCCGCGGUAACCACACCGACAGUGACUGUCCUAGUGUCUGGUCAAUAGGCAACUAUAUAGCCCUGCUGUCCAACAAAUCAUCCUGCGCAGAUAUCGAAGAGGAAGAUAUAAGCCGCACUGUCGACUUGUGUAAGCUUUGCGCGCCAUUUCUGUAUAACGUGUCUGGGGCGGAUUUGUUAAAAUCUAACAUUUCGGACGAUUUCCCUUGCGAAUGCGCCGAACACAACUUUGCAAUUCACACUGUGCUGUAUUACCUGCUUCCCACAGAAUUCAGUCUGAAUAUUAUCAGAAAUACAAAUCCUUUGAUUUCCCCUUUCACCCUUGUGUUUUUCCCGAUAUCAGGACGCAGUGAGAGAGUUGCACUGGAUACCAUUUAUGUAGAGAACAUAGAAAACAAGCCAGACUCUGAUGGGGUAACAAAACUUAAAGCCGUUGAAUUUUUCAUAAAGUUUGAAGUAUUUCCUCGUCUCUUGUACUCUGAUAGCUUAUACCUCGGCAUUGCUGGUGCCGCAAUUUUCCUUCUCAUUUGGGUUUACUGCGGAUCCAUUUUGGUAACUUCAGCAGCCGUGGUAAACGCCGUUCUGUCACUCGUCUUGGCUUACUUUCUCUACACUUCUAUCUUCCAAAGACCAUUUUUCCCCUUCGGUAAUGUUGUUACUGCAGUCCUGAUUAUUGGGAUUGGCGCGGACGACACGUUUGUGUUCAUGGACUUGUGGAAGAAGUUCAAAUCGGAGUUGGGUGAUCAAGAUCUACCAAGACUUCUUCAUAAAACCCUACGUCACACCGCUGCGACUAUGUCUGUGACCAGUUUGACAACAGCCUCAGCUCUUUACACAACGGCCGUCAGUGAUAUCCCCUUCGUCAAAUGCUUCGCUGUGUUUGCAGGCACAGCUAUUGUGAUGAAUCUGGUACUAACAAUGACUCUUCUUCCAGCUGUAAUUGUCAUGCAACACAAAUUGACCAUUUGGUGUUGCUCUUCGCUCACUUGUAAACCGAAACGAGACAUCAAGGAGAUGAUCUUCGAACGCCUGAAUGUGUUUCACCAAAACCUGGUUCCUUUUCUAGUACUGAAGUUGCGUUGGAUAUGGAUAAUCCUGUUUCUUUCUUUAAUGGCAGGGAGUGUGGUUGUAGUUUUCUUGUAUCCAACCCUUAGGCUACCCGCAACUCCCAUAUUUCAGAUCUUCGCAAGUUCUCACCCUUUCGAGCAGUUUGAUUUUAUUUACCGGGAUCAGAUGUCGUAUUUGAAGAGCAAAUUCCCAGAUCACGUGGGCAGUAUCGUAUGGGGUGUUCAAGCUGCCGAUAAUGGCGAUACCUGGAAUCCGGACGACUUGGGAACACUCUCGCUAGACGAGAGUUUCCAGUUAUCUGAUCCCGAGGAUCAAACCUGGCUUCUUGAUUUCUGUCGCGACUUACAAAGCCAACCGUUUUACAGGGCGGGUCAGGCAACGGGUUGUUUUAUCGAGGAUUUCAUUAGCUUCAUGAAAUCCCCAGACUGCGCGAAUCCACUCAUUGGCUUCAAUUUGUCUCCCUGUUGUAAUCAGUCGGGGUUCCCUUAUGAACCAGCUCUGUUCACUUCUUGCGUCGCAAAGUAUACUAAUGCGGGCUUCCUACCGACUGUGUUCCUCCGGAACAAAGAUUCAGAGAUUGCUGUCUUGACUGUACCCUUCCAAACAACCUAUCCAAGUAGUUUUAACUAUGACACAAGCAACGAAUUUUGGACGACUGUAGAUGCUUGGGUCCGAGAGAAAGUCGACUCAGCACCUGUUUCUUUGCAGAGAGGCUGGUUCGUAUCUGAUUCUAUCGCAAUUCGCUUCUAUGAUCUCCAAGAGAGUCUUCGUAAAGGUGUCCCAGUCGCUAUGCUGUUAACUUUGGCAACAGCAUCCCUGAUACUUUUUCUGACUACACGGAAUAUCUUGCUGACGCUCUGGGCUAUGUUAACCAUAACCAGCACUGUCUUUGUCGUUGUGGCAAUCCUUGUUCUUCUUGGCUGGGAGUUGAAUGUUGUAGAGGCAACCAUCAUUACAUUGGCUGUGGGUCUGUCCAUAGACUUUACCAUUCACUACGGAGUUGCGUACAAACUCUCGCCGUUGAAAACCCGAAGGCAGCGUGCGCGCUACUCUCUGACAACCAUGACACCGCCCAUCUCGAUGGCUGCUCUGUCAUCGUUCCUGGCAGGGGCUCUGGUUCUGCCCGCUAGGGUCCUCGCUUACUACCAGAUUGGCCUGUUCUUGAUGCUUGUGAUGGUUGUUAGUUGGGUUUACGGUACGUUCUUCUUUCAGUCUCUGUGCACAGUGGCUGGACCACAGAACUUUUGUGGGGAUGUCCCGUACCCAGAGGUGUCACAGAAGUUCCCCCAAAGUGACCAAGACCUGGGCAAGGAUGUAGAAGCUGGCUGCGGACUGCAGACAAGCAAUAAUACACUCCCUCCUACGAAAGGAAUCUUUACAAUCACACCUGUCGAAUAGAUUAGGCUUACAUGGCCUGAUGAUUGCAUGGCCAAAGUACAACUAUGGAUAAAAUUACGGAUACUCCAUGUGAAGUUACUCACCCUUUUCCACAACAGUGUGGCUCUGAGAAGAUUGGAUAACUGAUUGCGGUUAAUAUCUUUUCAUAUGGCAAAGCACACUGAAACAAGCGUCGAGAUUUUACUCUGGUUAAGUCUUCUCACCUUAAUACUUUUCUUUUCCCAAAACUGUUCCUCAGUUAGAAAUUCACUUUAAUUUUCAAAGAAUGAAAUUUGGGACUGCAAAACCGGAAGUGAAGAUCAAUAUCAUACAGAUUGAAAUACUUUGAAAAUGUAUCACUUGAGUUGAAACUUGAGUUAAAGAUGUAUCUUUCUCUCUUACUUUCAGUCAGAGAGAGAGCAAAUUAAAGUUUCACUCUUUUGAAAUAAAAGUAACCUGUUUUGUGUUUGUCUUUGCUCCAUGCACUGAGCAGUCCCAUUCAAUACAUUCUUGCAAAGUCUGCACAUGCAGAACUAGUCAUAUCUGAGACAGUUUACCUAUUUCUUUUGGUAAAGAGCUCGCCACUUGGGUGGUUUUAAACCGUUCUGCGCCACAUUGUGCAGUACGCACCGCGCGCGUACCGAUUUCCAUAAAAGAAGCUCGUUUUACACUAUACACGCGAGGCAGAUACCGUAGACACGGCCGGAUGAGUGUUUCACAAGACUUGAAGAAAAUUGUUGAAGAAAAUUGUCUGAAAAUAUGUGUGAAGUAUUGACAUGUUUCGACUUUUUGACAGAAAGGUACUCAUGAAUUGGAAUAAAUUAUGCGCUUGGCCGGUAUUAAACAAGUACGUUUAAAACCGGUUAGGGGAUUGGUCGUGGAUAAUUUUUUUUUUUUUUUUUUUUUUUUUAGAGUUCGUGGCCUCUUUCAUGCGAUUGUCAUCUUAAAAAGUGUCGAUGCUCAUAUCUUAAUCACGAUAAAGGAAGUGACACGGGCGCAGAUACAUUGGGUUUUUUUUCUCCAAAAGGAGUUAAUGCGAAAAUUGAAAAGAAGCGUAAAGAAGCAUAACUCAGAAUAAACAUUUUUUUUUUAUAAUUGACUGCAGGAUGGCCAGUUCCUAUGCCAGUGCUUAUAGAAAAGUAAUACAGCCGAUGCCUUUGUUGAUACAGCUAUUUGUAUGCACAUGAUUUGUGUGGUCAUAUGGCUUUGUGCUAGUGGUGUUGGCCCAUUCUAUAUUAGUAUAUUUAUUGUUUUAUUGUAUUGUAUCGUCUUGUAUUGAUAUUAUUAUUUACACUCAGGAACAUUUUCUUAGGAAGUUUCUACUCCCCUAAAAUGUAUAAAAACCAUUUGACAUCCCUUUCUGUGUAAUUUUAUUCAAAAGUACACUUCUUGUAACAUUUAAAACUGUCCAUGUUUCCUGGACAAUGGAGGUCGCUGUUUCUGUCAUGUCAUUUCAGGAAGUCAAUGUUCAGAUUAGGUUUUUGGGGGGUUCAAAUUGUGAACCCAAACUUUUACUCAUUGAAAACAUUUGUGAGAAAAGUUUGCUCAUUGAUUUGCUGCCAUGUUUUGACACAACAGAGAAUCACCUAAGAAAAGAAAAUGUGUGACAGCAAACUAUCCAAAAAUCUAGCAACUUCUGGUGCUGAUAAAUAGCUGUAACAUUGAGGUUUCUGCCUGAACUGACAUACUUUUGCUCAUGAAUAAAUUGUAAAUUCGCAUGAUCAUAAAAACCAAAACAGGCACCAAUAUAGGCCUACCCUUGAAAAUGACAAAAUGAAAAUUUAAACUACGGUUAAGGAGGACACAAAGGUUUAUUUCCUAGGAUUGCAUUCAGAAAAAUUACAUUGCAUGGGUCCUUUAAACUCAUAGUAUAUUUUAAAAAAAACCGUACUGUACAGUUUGUGGCAAUAAACUUGAGAUAUUUUAUUUUAAUUAACAUAAGAUAGAUCAUUUAGUUUUUUCAAAUAUUGCUUUGUAUAUGUACAGUGUGCGGUUAUAGGAAAAAUAAGGGAAUAACAAUGGGGCAUUAUUAUUUGUAAACAAAAGGUUGUUAGAUAGCCGUAUUGAUUUGUCAGGAAGUGCUGCAAAGAACCAUUUUUCUUCUUUAAAUGCAUGUGUUUUAAAUGAUUCCCAUAUAGAAUGUUUUACCUACUUUACAUGAAAUAAAAGAACUAUAUUGCAGAAAUUUGAAUACCGUAA